AUGUCCCAAAAUGUGAAAGAAGAAAUCUUAUUGCAGAUUCCCGGUUGCAAAGUCCAUCUCAUCGAUGAAUCUGAACAGGUUGAGCUCGCCUCUGGGGAGUUCAAGCUUGUAAAAGUUUCAUCAGACAACAAGAUGACUCUCGAGAUGAUCGUCAGAGUCGGACUUGACCUUCAAUGGCCGGUGGUCAAAGAUCAUACGUUGGUGAAAGUCAACGCUCGUGAAUACCUCUUCACGCUUCCGGUGGAAGACAGCGAUCGACUUAGGUAUGGAGUUACUUUCUCCGGCGAAGACGGAGACGUAGUGAAUAGCCUUGAGUUUCUAGAAGGUUUCAUGAGGGAGAAUUCUUGUUUCUCAUCUUUGAGUUCGAGUAAGAACAACAAUGAAAUUGAUUGGAAAGAGUAUUCUCCGAAGGCUGGAGAAUACAAAAGCGUUGUGGCCAAGGCCAUAGCCGGAGGAACAGGGCAUAUCAUCAAAGGGAUCUUCGCUUGUAGCAAUUCUUACUCUAAGAAGGUUCACAAGGGAGGAAGUGAGAUAAAGAUUAGAAAAGAGACCGAGGAAAAGAGUGGGGAUGCAUCAGAAAGUAAUGAAGCUGACAAGAAUGGAACUGAUAAGAAGAAUAAAUUGAACACAAAUCUUCAACGAGUUGAGAAAAUGUGGAAUGCGAGCGAGUCCAUAGGAGCCACAGUCUUAGACGGUGAAGGCAUGGUGAGUGGUAUAAUGAUAGCUCCGGUGGUUAAGUCCAAGUUAGGGAAGGCGUUGUUAUCCACUGCUCCCGGAGAGGUUUUCUUGGCUUCGCUUGAUUCUUUUAAUAAAAUACUCGGUGCUGCUGAAGCUGCAGAGAUACAAGCUCACUCUGCCUCAUCUAUGGCCGCUACUAAACUUAUGAGUAAGAGUUUUGGAGAAAAGGCCGGAAAAACCACCGGAAAAGUGCUGGAAACAACGGGCAGCUUAGGCCGAACCGCAUGGAAGAUUCAAAAAGCUCUCGAGCCGUCUUUUUCCUUGGCAUCAGAGAUUGCCAAAAAUGCUCCGAGACAGUAA